CUGAACAAGUUGAGAAAUAAAAGGUUAGACGGAUAUUUUCCAAAUUUCAUUUCUCUGUUUCUCUUUCUUCUCUCUCGAACUUCUAGGGUCUGUUUCUAAUGGAGUCACCAUAGCUCGUUGAGCUUCAUCCUGACAAGGUAUCAGAGCGGGAUUUUUGAUUCCUUGCCAUGUAAGCUUCAUCUUCAACGGUAAAUCGAUUGAAGAUCUCACUGAAAUCGGUCCUUUGGGUAAAGUUCGAAAACUCGGUGAAUUCGCUACUACGGGACAGAAAAUUUGGGUUUUUUACUGGAAUCUCUUCUUAUAUCAAUUAAGUCGACUGGAAUUCAUGAUUUCGUAAUGAAUUCAAGCGAUUUGGGGCUAAUCUCAAGCUAGGGUUUGGUUUCUGUUCACUUCUUCUGGUUUUGAGUAGAAGGUUGGUAAUACCGUUCUAAUCUACAACUCUGAAACUUAUAUUGAUGUGAUUUAGGUCAUGUAGUUUGGAGAUCCAUGUAUAUGACAGAUUGCAUGUUAUUUUUUGAGCCUAUUGUCUAUUACUGUGUCGAUUAGAUUGUGUUAGUAGAAAAUACGGGUAGUCAUGGAGAUGAUAUCACUUCACCCUCAGUUCCCACUACUGAAGGAUUUGCUCCCUUUACAAUAGAUCCUUCUCAUCCUUUCUAUGUGUACCCAUCAGACAAUCCGGGUAGCCAAUUAGUACAUGUUCCCUUCAAUGGACAUGGUUUUGUAUUGAGGAGAAGUAGCAUGCUUACUUCUCUUUCUGCUAAAAAUAAAUUAGGUUUGUUAGAUGGGAGAAUUGCCCAACCUCCUGCCAACUCUCCUUUUUUAUUACUAUUGGGAGAGUCUUGGAUUAUCAACUCUGUUUCCAUAGACAUAGCCACAAGUGUCAUGUGUUUUAGGGCUGCAAAGGAGGUUUGGACUGACAUUAAUGAAAGAUUUGGACAGUCCAAUGGGUUUAAAUAUCUUCAAAUUCAGAGAGAAAUCAGUUCAACUAUCCAAGGGUCAUCUGAUAUUGCCACCUACUUUACCAAAUUUAGGAGUCUUUGGGAUAAAUUAAAUUCCUCAUAUGUAGGCCCUAUAUGCUCUUGUGGAGCUCUUCCCAAGUUUAUAGAGGAUCAACAACUAUUUCAAUUCCUAAAUGGGCUAAAUGACUCUUAUUCAAAUGUGAAGAGUGCUAUUAUGCUCAUAAAUCCCUUACCACCAAUAAGCAAAGCUUACUCUCUCUUACAACAAGAUGAGAGUCAAAGAGAAACUCCAGCUUCAGUUACAAAUUUUUCUAAUGAAUCUUCCUCCUUCUCUGUAUCCUCAACAACACCAAAUAGAAAUUUCAAUCAAAGAUCAACUUUAACUCCAGGAAACCCAACUCUGUUUCUUGCAAAUACUGCAAGAAACCUGGACACACAAUGGAGAAAUGCUAUAUAUUACAUGAUUUUCCUGCAGAUUUCAAAUUUACCAAAGGCAAGAAAUCAGCCUCAUGUGUCCAGUCUGACAUCCCAAUCAAUCAGUUUGCAGUUUCUCCUCAACCAUCUACUGAGAAUUCUGCCCAUGGUUUCACCAAGGAACAGUAUCAUCACCUAAUAACUUUAUUCCAACAAGUCCAGGUGUCUUCUAGUGCUGGAUUUGACAAUCUUCAUGUUGAGAAAUCUGGAUUUGCACAUUUUGCAGGGCUCUUCUCUGAAGAGGCCACCGGUAAUUGGUAAGGCUGCUGGAAGACUAUACUAUCUACAUCCUAAUGCUGAAUUGUUUCCAUCUCAACAUGUUUCUUCUGUUCUUUCAAAUUCUAUUUCUUGCAAUAAGUCUGUUUUCUUCCAAUUUCUGUAAAUAAUCUGCCAUGUAAUCAGACAUCUACUAUGAAUAAAAUGGAUUUGUUUUGACACCAAAGGUUAGGGCAUAUGCCUUUCAUAUAAUGAUAUCUAUUUCAUUCUUGUCUGAUAAAGUUUCUUCAAAGCAGUCUUUCAUAUGCUCUAUUUAUCCAGUAGCUAGACAACAAAGAUUACCUUUUUAUGACAGCCACAUUCAUUCCACUGCUCCUUUUCAGCUGGUUCACAUUGAUGUUUGGUGACCCUAUAAUACUAGGACAUACAAUGGAUUUAUAUACUUCUUAACUUUAGUUGAUGACUAUAGUAGAGCUACCUGGACCCAUCUUUUAUCUUGUAAAGGUAAUGCUCUUUCUGUGUUAAAAGCAUUCACCUCUAUGGUCAAAACACAUUUUCAAUCCUUAGUCCAUACUUUCAGGUCUAAUAAUGCUUAUGAGCUUGGUAGCAGCUCUAAAGCUACUGCUUUCUUAAGCAACCAAGGUAUUCUACAUCAAACUACUAUUCCACAUACACCACAACAAAAUGGUGUUGUGCAAAGAAAACAUAAACAUUUAUUGGAAGUUUCUAGAGCUCUCUUUUUCCAAUCUAAACUUCCUCGCAAAUUCUGGGGUGAUUGUAUACUAACUGCUACCUACCUGAUCAAUAGAAUGCCUCUAACUGUCUUAAACAACAUUUCUCCUUAUGAAAAACUGCAUGGAAAUCCACUUUCUUAUGUUCACUUAAAGUCUUUUGGUUCCUUAUGCUUUGCAACUUCUCCCAAGUUUGGAAGGGAUACAAGUUCUAAUCUAGAGCUAUACAUAGUCUUUUCUUAGGAUAUCCCGGUGGCAAGAAGGGUUAAAAACUCAUGAACCUUUCUAAUUAUUCUAUUUUUUACUCUAGGGAUGUGGUAUUCCAUGAACACAUCUUCCCUUAUGGUUCAACAACAUCUUCUACCACUCCUCCCUCCACUUUUCCACCUUUUGUGGAUAUUGAUACAUCUUCUGCUCCUGCUCCUACUUAUGCAACAGAAGUGCCUACAACAUUUAAUAUUUCCUCCCUUCCUAUUGCUGAAACAAACAUUCCUGAUGCAUCCUCUGCCUCACUUCUUCCUUCUCCUUCUUUCUUAUUCUGCCCCCAUUCCACCUUGUGUGGAUCAGCCUUCUCCACUUCCACCACUUGCUCCUGCUUUAAGAAAAUCCACCAGAACUAUCAUUCAACCAUCCUACCUUCAAGACUAUGUCUGUAACUCUAUCCUUCCUCUUACUCCUAUUUCUGCAAUAUCUAAGGUGUCCUAAACUUAGCUACAUGUGCAUGAACCUCAAUAUUACCAGCAGGCAGCUUCGCAUCCUGCUUGGCAAGAGACAAUGCUAAAGGAAUUUCAGGCUCUUGAGUCCAAUCAAACUUGGGACAUUGUUCCCCUUCCUCCUCACAAAAAGGUCAUCCCUUGUAAGUGGGUUUACAAGAUUAAACAAAGGGCAGAUGGUUCCAUUGAGAUAUACAAAACAAGGCUUGUUAUUAGAGGGGAUACUCAGAGAGAAGGUAUUGACUUCACUGAGACCUCUUCACCUGUUGUCACGCUGACAACCAUCAAAUGUCUCCUGGCCUUAGUUGUGAAAAUGGGUUGGACUAUUUUUCAGUUGGAUGUGAACAAUGUUUUUCUCCAUGAUGACCUUCAUGAGGAAGUUUAUAUAAAGAUCCCACCUAAGAUGGAUGUCUCUUCUACUUCUGAAUCUUCUCCUUUUAUUUAUAGACUCAAGAAGUCUUUAUAUGGCCUCAGGCAGGCUUCUAGGCAAUGGUUUUCUAAAUUGUCUGAAGCACUGCACUCCAGAGGCUACAUUUCUAGUCUCAAUGACUAUUCCCUCUUCACAAAGUCCUCUUCUGAUUCUCUAGUUGUAUUGGCAGUCUAUGUUGAUGAUAUAUUGUUAGUUGUUGAUGACAUUUCUGAACUUAACUCUUUAAAACAAUUCUUGGACUCUCAAUUUAAAAUCAAGGAUCUAGGUUUGGUGCACUACUUCCUAGGUUUGGAAAUUUCUCAGCAUCCCCAAGGAUACUUAAUGAAUCAACAAAAGUACACCACUGAUCUCCUUCAAGAAUUCAACUUUCAUCACUUCUCCCCUGUUACUACUCCUUUGGAUUCUUAUGUUAAGCUUACUAUGGACAUGGGUACUCCUGUUUCUGAUCCUAAUAUAUACAGAAGAUUAAUUGGGAAAUUGAAUUUCCUCCAACAUACAACACCUGAUAUUUCUUUCUUUGUUCAAUACCUAAGUCAGUUUCUUCAGAAGCCCCAGGUACCUCAUAUGAUGGCAGUUAUCCAUGUUCUAAGAUACCUUAUGAAUGAUCCUGCUCAAGGUAUACUGCUCUCUAGUUCUGAUGAUUUGUCUCUUGUGGGAUUUUCUGACUCUGAUUGGGGAUCUUGUGCCAUCUCUCGCAAGUCUGUGAGUAGGUUUUACAUAUCUCUUAGUGGCAGUCUUGUGUCCUGCAAGAGUAAGAAAUAUCCUACCAUCUCUUUGUCUUCAGCUGAGGAUGAAUAUAGAGCAUUGAGGAAGCUGGUUGCAGACGUUGUUUAGUUGGUCAGGCUUUUGGGUGACCUUGGUUUGGUUAUUUUAUAUCUUGUUCCUGUCUAUUGUGACAGUCAAACUGCCUUCCACAUAGUCAAGAACCCUAUUUUUUAUGAGCGAACCAAACACAUCGAGAUUGAUUGCCAUUAUGUGAGGGAGUGCGUCACUGCUGGUUUUCUUACUUUGCAUUUUGUCUUUUCUUCAGGAUAGCUAGCAGAUAUUAUGACUAAAGCAUUACCCAGCCAGCUGCAUUAUGGUAUUCUUGGCAAGCUUGGUGUUUCAUCACCCUCAAGCUUGAGGGGAGUGUUAGAGCCCAGUCUGCUGCACACACAGCUGGCCCAACACUAUGAUCUGGACCAGUCUCCUUUAUUCCUUAUUCUUUUAUAUUCAAUGCAUUGUAUAAGUGUAGUAUUAAUUUUUUUUAUUUUACACACAUUUUUCCUGUAAAUAUAAAUACUGAACAAGUUGAGAAAUAAAAGGUUAGACAGAUAUUUUCCAAAUUUUA